AUGCCAAUUGAGGCACUCCCGGAGACCACCACACGGGCUCUUGGAUCGACACUUGUUCUCAGUGACGCAAAAUCGGUGGUCAAGGAACUCGUCGACAACGCCCUCGAUGCGCGAGCCACAGCCAUCGGCAUCGAAAUCUCCACCAACACUAUAGACGCCAUCCAAGUCAAGGACAAUGGAAUCGGUGUCGACGUACAAGACAGACAACUCCUAUGCAAGAGAGGCUGCACUUCCAAGAUCAGGUCUCUGGAUGACCUCAAUCGCCUCGGGGGUACCUUUCUGGGGUUCCGUGGCGAGGCCCUUGCCAGCAUCGCCGAACUGAGCUCAGCUGUGAGCGUGACAACACGAGUGGAGGGCGAGAUCGUCGGGACAACUCUCAAGUAUACGGCUUCGGGCAUGCAGAGUUCUUCCUCCGCUUCUCAUCCGGUGGGCACAACCUUUCGAGUGCAAGACUUUCUCACCAAGAUACCCGUGCGAAAGCAGGCCGCCCUGAAAAGUGCUGCCAAAACACUGCAAUCCGUCAAAAGUCUUCUUUUCGCUUAUGCCUUUGCUCGGCGUGACGUUCGAUUUUCUUUGAAGGUUCUCAAAUCUAAAAACGAAAAAUCAGACUGGGUCUACGCUGCCAGUCGAAACGCCUCUUUGAGUGAAGUCGCUACCAAGAUUGUAGGAAAAGAGAUCGUAUCGGAAUCUGUUCCAUACCGGUGGCCCCCCACUGAGGGCGAGCAAGGCGUCGAAGAUGGGUGGUCCCUCGAUGCGCUUCUUGUCUCUUCAGAUGCAGACGUUGAGAAGAUACGGGGUGGUCCUCAAUUUCUAUCAGUGGACGGCCGGCCUGUCAACACAGAACGAGGUAUAAUGAAAGAAAUUGUCAAGAGCUACAAACGCUAUCUAAACCGUGUCCUACCGAAGUCUACCUCCAUAUCUCGGCCUUUCAUCUGCAUGCAGAUACGGUGUCCGCCCGAAAGCUACGAUGUUAAUGUCGAGCCUGCAAAGGAUGAAGUGCUCUUCUUUCGACCGGACCAACUCUUGUCAUUGGUGGAACAACUGUUCGAAAAAGCCUAUGGUGGUGUCGAUGCACCCCCCAAAGAACAUCCGGAAAUGGGGCACCCAAGUGUCACUAUUGUGUCUGCUCCGGCUAUAAAUACCGCAGACUUGCAAGAUGUGCAAGAACCCUCUGCGACGGACCGAAACGUACGUUCUCAACCCUCUUCGGAGGCAGAAGAGAGUUUCGGGGCUAUAAGAAACCCCUUUACCAUUGCCGCCAUGAACAAGAUUGUCUUGCCGAGAAAGAUGGGCACAUUUACUAGGGCAAGAGCAUCCUCAUCCUCUGGGUCAAGUUUCGUAACGCUUGAACCUGAAGAGCCCAUUCCAGGUCUGCUGCGUAGUGACUACAGACAAGAAUUUGGACAACAGGACCAGCUUCCAUCUCCCACUUCUUCAGAUGGAUCUGAUUUGUUACCGUAUCAGAACCCGGGUCCUCCGAAGCGACCUUGGCCUCAGAAGGAUAAACAGAGUUUGCAUACCAUUUCCGAUCCUCGAACCAGUCAUGGGAUAGAUAACACUUCAACGUCCCAGCAGAUGGGUUUGGAGACAUGGCUGACGCCGCAGAGCCAGUUACGACCGCAAAUUUCCCGAGCUGCCCAUCGGCUAGCUCAAGGUCGAGCUUCACCUAACCAGGAUGAAAACGUUCCAGCUCCCAAUCAAAGUGAAGACAGCACCGGAGCCUUCCCACGUGUCCCAGUUAUUGCUGCAGGGCUUCGAACGGGAUCCGGACAGAGACCAUUCAAGGCCCCUUUGAAGCGAACUAUGGAGGCAUCUUCACAGUCAUCGCUAGCGUCACUUACAACUUCCAGUGGUUACCGAUCAUCUCUCACGGGGUCUGAAAGACAUGUAGAGCGAGGUGUUUUUGUCUCACCCCAAAGGUUCGGACAUCGUCGAGACUUUGAUUCGGAACAGAGGGGGCGGUCUCUGAGUUCAGACGAGGAUAGGAUGGAAAUACCCGAAUCUAGUCAUUCUUCUGUGCCUGGAUCUGAACUGUCUGAAAUUAUGGAUUUCGAACACAGGAAAAAGACGGCAAUCGCUCAUCAGAAGCGACUCGCAGCAACAGCAGGAGCAGCAUGGCAUCAUCCCAUGGCGUCAGUUCGAGGUAUCUUGAGUCAAAAUAAGAAUGUCCAGAUUGUUCACGACGCAGGUUCCGAACCCGACGAAGCUGGUGCUUCCCCAAGCGACUUUGAAGGUGGUCGUCCAUAUAACGACGCGUCUCAAACCUCAAUGGCAAAGCCCAACAAUCCACAUCGCAAUCGCUAUCUGGCUGCCAAAAGAGGUCUUUCUCAUUCCCAUCCGGAACGAGACGAGGGAAUCGGUCCCGUGCGAGACGAACGCGAAGGUGGUUUCGUCGAGACGACCUCCCAAAUGCCCGCUCCUGAACAACUACAAAUACCUGACGGCGACCCAAGAGCGUAUAUGAUCAGACAUAAACAACGCCAGCAAGGCACGUCCAAGCUCUACCGCGCCAGGUCUUCCAGACUGCCCUUUGAAACAAUCCCGCCACACAGUAUGACCUUGAACCUCUCGGUAGCAACCCGUGCUUUUGACGAUAUUGGCGGCUUUAAGCGGCUCGUGCACUGUGUUGCCACUGUCGACAGAUACGCGGAUUCUGGCACAAUGACUACGAGGAUGCAAUCUGUGGAUAUACACGAUGCGAUGAAUGAUGACUAUUUGGAGACGUUACGAGAGAUUGUAAAAGAGAAGUACCGAUUUAUGAGUCCAGAGGGAAGAGAGCUUGUUCCACAUUUGAAGAUUACGAUGCCGGGAAAGAAGUUUUGA